AGCAUCUUCAUACUCUCUCUCUCUCUGACAGAGAAACCCCACUCCUCCUCAGCUUCAAUACUCUUCUUCUUCUUCUUCCUAAUUUCCAUCAGAAUAUUAAGUGAUACAAACAAUAAAGUAUGAAACUUUGUUGUUGCCUUUUUAUGGUUCUCACUCCUUUCUCUCUUUCUCUCUGAUUCUUCUUCUCUUCUUCCUCAUUCCUUUUCUGAGCUCUUUUUGUUUUCCAUUGAAAAAGCAAAGGCCUUUAAAAUGUACAUAGGAACUUCCAUGCGAAGGUCUUUCAAGGAUUCCUUGAAAGUCCUUGAAGCUGAUAUUCAGCACGCCAAUACCCUGGCAUCAGAGUUUCCAAAGGAGUGUGAUGGUGCAUGCCUUCAGAUGAGAAUGUCAUACAGUCCAGCUGCACACUUGUUUCUUUUCUUGGUGCAAUGGGCAGAUUGCAAUCUUGCUGGAGCACUUGGCUUGUUAAGAAUCCUAAUUUACAAGGUAUAUGUGGAUGGAACAACUACCAUGUCUACUCAUGAAAGGAAAGCUAGCAUUAGAGAAUUCUAUGCGGUAAUUUAUCCGUCUUUGUUACAACUUCAGAAAGGGGUUACAGAUUCAGAGGAUAAGAAACAGAAGGCUGUUUGUAUGGAGAGGUAUCGAAAAAGAGACGAUGAGGAUCAUCAACUACAUUCUGAUAUAGACAUUGAAAGAGAAGAAGAAUGUGGAAUAUGCAUGGAAGUGAAUAGUAAGAUUGUGCUGCCUAACUGCAUCCAUGCUAUGUGCCUGAAAUGUUACCGUGAAUGGAGAACAAGAUCCCAAUCGUGUCCCUUUUGUCGCGAUAGUCUGAAGAGAGUGAACUCGUGCGAUCUCUGGGUAUUUACCGAUAGCCGGGAUGUAGUUGACAUGGAAACAGUGACAAGGGAGGAUAUCAAGAGGCUUUUCAUGUACAUAGAUAAGUUGCCAUUGAUCAUUCCAGACUCGCUUUUCGAUCCCUACGACUCUCAACUAAGAUAAAGUAAAUGAUCUUGUUCUUGAUGGGUAGUUUUCCUUUCACCUUAAUGGCAUAAUAAAUUUAGUUUUCAUUGUUAUAGAGUUGCAGUGUGUGGCAGAAGAAGAAUCCAUCAACCCGAGUUUACUAUGGGGUUGGUGGUGGAAGCUGAGAUGCUAAAUUGUAUCUAGCUCCAUUUUGUAUAUUCAUAUUGUACAGAUCGAUCGAAUUACUUUGUUCACAAGAUAUUUGCAUUGCCUGUAUCAAUCAUGUUUAAAUGUUGAUCUC